UGAUAAUCUUCUCGUCCACACAACUUCACCCUUCAGACGGUACGUCUGAUAAACGAGGUUGAGAAACCAUACAUGUUUGCUUCAAGUUCUGUCCUCAGUACCCAAUAAAACCACUUUAACUCAAUCGCGCGCACUGCACCCUCCCACGUAUUGGAGAAAGAUCCUUGGCAACCAACGCCAAACAUAAUGGCAUUCACAAGUAUCCCCAGCAGGAUGCGAGCAGCGCAGAUCUCCGAGUACAACAAACCUUAUGAGCUAGUUGAGAGAGACGUUCCUACCAUUCGCGACAACGAACUCCUCAUCAAAGUCCACGCGGCCGGGUUCUGUCAUUCAGAUCUGCAGGUUCUGCAGGGACAGUUCGGUUCGCCGUUGGGCAUGAUUGCGUCCCACGAGCCUUCCGGUGUUGUCGUUCGAAUCGGCAAGGGCUGCAGCAGCGAGUGGAAGAUAGGUGACCGAGUUGGGGCUCUGAACUUCAAGAACUCGUGUGGCCAAUGCAGUGGCUGCGGGCUGGCAAAGCGCACACGCAACCGGCUUGAUCCCCGUUUCUGCGAAAAGCGAGAAACUGCCGGUUUCCAGCAUGAUGGGGCAUUCUCUGAGUACCUCGCAGUCGACCCCGAAACCACGGUCCGCUUGCCAUCAUCUCUGCCCUUUGACCAAGCUGCUCCGUUGAUGUGUGCCGGCGCCACUGUUUGGGGCUCUCUGGAGGGAGCCACGGCUGCGCUUAGCCCUGGAGACACAGUGGCCAUCGUUGGUAUAGGAGGCCUCGGUUUCCUCGGUUUGCAGUUCGCCAGCGCAAUGGGGUUUCGCACCGUGGCAGUUGACAGUCGGCCGGCAGGGAGGCAGUUGGCUACCGAGAUGUCGAACCAGGAUCUGAAACCCUCACUGGUUAUUGACUCUGGCGCCGAAGAUGCUACAGCGCAGAUCAUGGAUUUUACCGGAGGAGAGGGGCUCGCAGCCGUGGUAGUUUGUACGGAUUCUCUGCCAGCUAACAACUGGGCCCUAACACUGCUUCGCAUUGGAGGCGUGAUGGGUGUUUUGGGCCUGCCAGCUGAGAGUUGGAGAUUCGAUUCUAGUGUCAUAGUGUUUCGGGAGCUCACAAUUCGGGGGAGCUAUGUUGCGAGUAGAGAGUCCACUGAGAGAAUGAUGAAGACUGUAGAGGAGGCUGGCAUUCGGUCUCACAUCACCUUGGUGCCCUUUGAUGAGAUCCCGGGCAUUCUCGCGAAAUACCAAGACAGCGCCUUCAAAGGUAGACUCGUAGUGAGAAUAGCUGCAUAAGAAAGGGGUCUGUAGCCUCGAUAUUUUUAGAUCAGUUGGGUUGGUUGACGA